GCAAGCAUCGAGCGAGUGAUAGAGGGAGAGGGGCGCAACGAGCGGUGCGGGCAAAUGAAAACAUAAGAAAAAAAAAAAAAAAGCACACCGACAACACAGACAGUGCACGAAGGGGCCCCCCCCCAGCCGCUGUGUGCAGCAGGGAAAAAACAAAACCAGCUCGACAACACCGCUAGCCCGCUGCUCCCCGCCGCCCUCCUCUCGACGUCAAAGCCUCUGGCAUCGGCCGCGGGACGACGUCCGUUCCCAUGGAUCGACGUGAUCGCUAAAGCGGGCCUUCCAGCUCACGACGCGAAAAAAGACCGCGUCGUCGAGCCGAGAAAUGUCGGCAAGGGCAACGCGACGACGCGAAGAGUCCAACAACAGCGUCACGACGGCAAAACAGUGGACCUUCUACGGCCAGCAGCCGGGUGGUGGGGCCGGCGCGCAGUUGCCCACCAGCCCCACGCUGCCGCCGCAGCAGCCUCCGCAGCAGUCGGUCUCCCCGCCUCCAUACUCGGUGUCCCCACCGCCUGCCUACCUGCAGUGCCCAAGCCCUCCGCCAGGACCACUACGGUCUCCGGGCGGCUCUAGCAAUGGGUCCGCAUCGUCGUCGUCCGCGUGCGGAGCAAUCGGAGGCAGCGGAGACUCGUUGAGCGCACCGCUCCGGCUCGGACCCGGACAGACCCGGGACCCCAACUGGCAGGCGUCGCGGGCGAGCGUGCGGGAGCGCAACGCGGCCAUGUUUCGCAACGAACUCAUGAGCGACGUGCGGUUUGUGGUCGGACCCAAGGGACCACAACAGCAGGUGGUACCUGCGCACCGGUACGUCCUUGCCACGGGAAGCUCGGUGUUCCAUGCCAUGUUCUACGGCGGACUGGCUGCACCACCUGGCCAGGACAUUGAAAUACCCGAUGUGGAGCCGGCUGCCUUCCUAGUUCUCCUCAGGUACCUCUACUGCGAUGACAUCACGCUAGAGGCAGACACCGUCCUGGCCACACUGUAUGCAGCCAAGAAAUAUCUGGUCCCCCAUCUGGCCCGGGCCUGUGUUGCCUACUUAGAGACCAGUCUCACCGCUCGAAACGCUUGCGUCCUUCUCAGCCAGAGCCGCCUCUUUGAAGAACCUGUGCUGGCCCAACGCUGUUGGGAGAUCAUCGACGCUCAAGCAGCUCUCGCCCUCUCCUCCGACGGCUUUCCCGACGUCGACAGGCCCACGCUAGAAGCCGUGUUGUCCCGCGAAUCACUGAACACCCGUGAGGCAGUCAUCUUUGACGCAGCCCUCGCCUGGGCUGGUGCCGAAUGCAGUCGCCGUGGCAUCGAACCCACCCCUGAGAACCGGCGCGAGUGUCUCGGAGAUGCCCUGUACCUUGUCCGGUUCCCCUCCAUGUCCCUGCAAGAGUUUGCCGAUGGUGCAGCUCAGUCCGGCGUUUUAACUCUCCGCGAAACUGCCGACAUGUUCCUGCACUUUGCGGCGAGCCGCAAGCCUGCCGUGCCGUUCCCUAUCCAGGCACGCCUGGGCUUGCCGACGCGCGUCUGUCGCCGGUUCCAGUCCUGCGCCUACCGCAGCAACCAGUGGCGCUACCGGGGUCGGUGCGACAGCGUGCAGUUCUGUGCGGACCAGCGCAUCUUCCUGGCUGGGUUCGGCCUCUAUGGCUCGAGCAGCGGUGCUUGCGAGUACCGCUCGCGGAUCGAGCUCAAGCGGGGCGGCAAGGCGCUGGCACAAUGUGACACCCGCUUCCACUCGGACGGGUCGAGCAGCACCUUCCGAGUCUACUUUGACCACCCCGUCCAGAUUGAGGCCGACACCUACUACACUGCCUCGGCCGUGCUGGAGGGCUCGGAGCUCAGCUACUUCGGCCAGGAAGGCAUGAGCGAAGUGUCGGUGGGCACCGUCACCUUCCAGUUCCAGAGCUCCUCGGACUCUACCAACGGCACGGGAGUGCAGGGCGGGCAGAUCCCCGAGCUCAUCUUUUACGGGGCGGCCAAUCUGCCGGAAUCUGCCUCAUAGCCGUGGUGGUGGUGUUCGUGGUGCGCAAGGUCGAUAAGUGAUUCCACACCUGUCCACUUCCUCCGAGUGUGACCAAGUGACCAUCGUUCUCGUGCUACACCAGACCUCCCUGCUUCAUGUUGUAUUCCCUGCUGAGUGAAUGCUGUUUGCUGAAGGUGCACAGCUGACGAGGAAUGCAAUUGCCCACUUGCAGGGUGAUCAGUGUGCCCACGAAACACGCCCAGCCAAACUCCAAGGUGCUCUGGACUCUCUCCUGAACCACUGCCCGAAUGUUGUAGCACUGUUUUGAAACCUUACAUUGUCCCUCAACUAAGAGGUGCAGUGUGCAGCAAGAACGAGUUUGCAUCGGGGCCCAAUUCCACAAGGAUUCCUUUUACAUUUAACCUGUGUGUGUGUGUGUGUGCUAAUGUGUUUUGUGGUAAAGGGCAGCUAAUGACAGACAAGACAGAAGUGUUGAGAAAGAUGAAAUCCGCAAGGAUACCAUUUUGUUAAGCGUUUAAUUUGGACGACACAUGUUCCUGUUUACUCGUGAGCUAGUUGAUGCAAUAACAACAUAGAGGAUCAGUUUCCAUUUCUUCUUUUUGCUUUAUUUGACGUGAAAAUCGCAUCACAUUAUAUGCAAACGAGCGCUUGCCACCACUGAGUCAUCUGGCUGCAAAGCUCUGCAGCCAACCCAUCGCUAAAGUGUGCCCUGCUCACUACUUCACUCGGUAAUAUGUGGAGGAACCACCCUUCCUUCUAGCAGUGAUGGUUUUAAAUGUCUUUGUCCAGAAAUACGGAACUGUCCAAAGGUGUUCCAGUGUAUCUACCACAUGCAACACCUUUCCUCAUCUCUUCUGCAUUGCCGACGACAACAUGAGGUGUUGCAGGAAACUUGCCACCGAGGCUCACCGUUUUUGUCAAGAAGAACGCUACGGUGAAGAAGUUUCAGCUGUUCCCCCACCUUUUCUUCGAACACUUCGCACGAUGUUUUCUUCACGGAUGCAAUUGAAACAAAAAACAAGUGCAGCUGAUUUACUGCGUGUGAUGCCCUGCGAGCAGCUACGUGGUGCGACGAUUGUUGUAAACAACAUAUUUAACCGAGCAGCUUGGUGUCAUUGCAGUGUUGCCACUUUGCUUGACAAAGCUGGUUAGACGCAGAAAAUGGAACUGUUUCACCUCAACAAUCACUUGGCAAGAUGCCAAGUAGUAUUUUGUCGCAUUUAUGUGGGUACAAAAGACUCUGCACUAGCCAAAUUUUACAAAUGUUGACGAGGGAAGGACAAAUGCUAGAGGAGAGCCUCUGGUGAGGCUUCGGGCUGCCCUAUAAAGUUCUCGCGAGUGAUCUGGCAACGGCAUUGUUACAGACUUAACUUUCAAUCCAGCACAUAUUUAUUCCUCGCACACUUGUAGACAGAAGUGAGCGAGGAUAAUCUUAAUUGCUACGUUGUGCACAUGUUGGCGAGAAAGUCCCAACGCGUUCUCAAUAAAUGGCGACCUGCUUACCCCUGUUAAUGCGAGUUGCAUUACUCUAUAUACGCCGCACUCUUCGAGUAACAGUACCCCUAAUAAAAAUACGUCCCACCAACAAAGUAGAUCCAAUAAGUGAGUUUGUAUUACCACAAAAAUGGCUUAGCAGACCCAAACAGUCAAAGUACUCUGUAGAAAUGCCACAGUUAGUUGUUACCGUGUCCAGACCAUUUGCAGCGCGCAAUGCCUCUCGUGUUUGUGUUGCUAAGAACAGUGCUCAAAUGAGCGCCAGCCGUUUCGACCCUGGGUGCAGCGUUCGUCUCACAAGGGCCGCAGACGUUGCAGCUAGCUGUGCUUGCGACUCGCACACCGCCUUUUUGCUCACUGCCGCUUAUAACCCAUAGUUUCGAGUGAUCCUUAACGAAAUUCGUAGCUAUUUUUAAUAACCUUCCAAGCGUACGUGUCGAGUAGGAUGUAGCGCAGCUAGGAUACAGGCUUUCUACACUACUGCAUGCAAUGUUUCGAGAUGUCAGCUUAACCAGUUCUGCAUUAAUAUUUGAAUCACUAAGUGUAGCAAAUACUACGGGAGAAGCCAGUACUCGCUGGCUACGAUGAAAUUGCAGGGGAAUUAGUGUGUUCUAUUGUGAAAGGAAACUUAUUCCAAUGCGUACAAGUGUGUUCAGUGGCAAGUGAUCUGUUUGCAACAUCCUACACCGUCAAACGAUACAGACUGACUCAUCAAGUUCAACUGAUGUUGCACAACUUUUGAGAAGAAUUUAAAACAUUUUGAGCUCCCUUUCCUCCUAAGUAGGGUACACGAAAUUUUUGUCAAGCUUUUUGUGCAAUGUCUCUUCGAAGUCUCACUCAAAUAAUUGGGACAUUCUAUGAGCAUGGGUGCGACAGUCCUUGCCGUAACUUAGUCCUUUCUUACAUCGUGGAUCCUGGUAUGUAACACAUGUUGUGGCAAAUAGAAACCGAAGGCAGACCCAAAAGUCAAAUAUUUAGUAACGACAUUCACACUACCACCACCACCCUCCUCAACGCAAUAAGAAACUAAGGUAUGAAUGUGAUGAAAUUUUUAGAAAGGGCAUCGUGGCUAUCCUUACUUGGAUGCAUUUCAGGUUGCAAAAUAGUGUCAAAUUUUACAGGUGUGCAAAAAAGAAAAAAGUGUAGUGUCUUUGUGCAUGACACGCUUAUGGCCAUAGAUGCCGCGGAACAGUUAUUAAUUCUCGCAAAAAGCCUGAGGUAUUCGUACUUUCAUUUGAGUAAUGCAUGUUAGUGUACGUUGCAAUUAAGCAGCGAGAAUGGAGGUGGAGAAAAGAAACCUCCAACAGUUUUGGCACUGUUUUCAAAUGACUAACUACUGCCCUGGACUGCAAAACACCAAUCCACCUUCAGGUCCCGAACGUGGGCUGCCGUGAAGUGAAACGUUCAAACAGGCCAGAGACAAGUAGGCCACCACAAAACGACCAUUUUGUGUUUGUUACUUUGCUCUUUUCUUUUUUUUUUCUAUUUGAGUGCCCGUGCAAGUUCAAUGCAUAUUUACACCUUUUACAUUUGCUCUUUGAAUUUGUAGAGGUUUUAAUGUGUGCGGCGACAGAGUGCGCACGAAGGUUGUGACCGUCCUUUAGUGACGAAGCGCAGUCCUGCCUUGCUCAUUUGCAAAAAAAUGCGAGCUUUGGUUUGCCCGCAACAAGGGGCACGGCGAAGGUGUUGUUUUAAUAACCCAUUCUAAAAGAGGGGCCCCGAAACUUCGAUGUCCUUUGUAGUCACUUGCAGACUGUGCCGAGUCGACCAGUGUUGUUCCGCUGCCACGAAAAAUAAAGCCAUCACAGGCUGGUUUUGCUGAUGAUGUACAAGAGGUCAACAUCUGUAAUCAAUUAACUUUUUUAAUCAUGGUGACUUGCCUGAUGGAUGGAUGGAUGUGACUUAAAUAUUCAUGCCACAGGUCCAAAAAUUUUUGUUUUCUUCAACGUUUGUGCCGCAUUUCCAGAAAGACGUAUAAAUUUUGGAGUCUUCAAGAACACUCGGUCAUAAUUCGCAACUUACGGCGUUAGCAGCAGCACUGCUGCGAUCAACAUGGGCAGCAUGGGUGCCCCACGUGCUGGACCGAGCCGCUAACAUCGUGCCACCAAAAACCAUGAUGUUCUUAUUGUAAAAGGACCAGCAGCUAAAACCCUAGAAAUUGGAGAACUCCAGUGGCGAUGUGGGCUGUUUCGGGGCCCCCCCCCCCCUCUUUUUACCAAACAAUCCCUUGUUGACCGCUAAACCUAAUGUUCAGUGUGUGAAACGUAAAGAAACAACCAAAGGUUCUUGGUGGACAACCGUGGCUGUGCCCACACCUGUUCGGCUGUCCGCGUGUUUCAACUAUGCACCGUUGACUGUUUUCCAGAGUAGGACACCUGCUGUAAUGAAAAGGCUAAGACCGUAAACCGUUCCAACAGAAUGCAAUAAUAAAAGCUCUGUACAGCCUGCAA